CGUUGUUCUGCAGCUGGACGCUUCGUCACUGCCCCCUCCUCCCUACUACCACCACCACCUCCUCCCCACUCGGAUCCAUCCUUCAAGAAGGAGAACUGCCUGCCGUCGUUCAAACGUGGAGGGUAGCGCACGCGGGACGCUCGCAUCAGGGCGCGCGGGUCCAUUGUUUGUUUGGUGAAAUUUGCCGCGUUUUGUCGACUUAUUUGUCCAGGACAGGUUCUGAGCUGCUUUCAUCUUCAAGGGUGCCGAAGAGCUGCGUCGGCGGUCAGAAGGGCACUAAAGUAGAAGAGCAAUUGGCCAGGUGUGACCCUCCACACUAAACGUACCAACCUACGAAGGGGAUGAAGCCGGAUGGAGCUACUAUGGAGACCCGAGAGCCCGGUGACACUGCUGCAUUAGCAGAGCACUCCUCUCAGGAAAACAUAACUGAGGAAGCCCAGCCUCAACCCGAAGCAGUACCUGCGGCUACUCAAAAGGCCAAUGGCAGACCUGUAACGGUGAACCCCAAAGUCAAAUCCAAAGCAGGUGGAAGUAAAAUCCAAUCAACAUCCUCCACUGGUGUUGGCGGAUCCAACUCGCGGCCAGGAACUGCUUCACACCGCACAGAGAAGGAUGUUAAAUCUUCCUCUGCUGGGCCUGUGGGCAAGAAAACCGCUGGAGCUACAUCAAAAACGUCUGCUGCAGGUGUUGCACCUAAACGACCAGUGGGUGUAACUGCAGUUUCAUCCACAGCUAAGAACCAAACAACAAGAGCUCUUGACAAAAGGCCUGUAGGACCUGUCAAGACUACUUCUUUACCUGAUGCAACAGUAACCAAUGGUACCAAACCAAGAGCAACCAUUGCCACCACUAAGAGACCAGCAGCUGAUGCUGCUAAUGGAGCUAGACCAAAAACCACAACUGCUACUAACAGACUCGUCACUUCAACUGCUCCAAAAACCAUUACAUCAUCCACAACAAGACCUGCCGGUCCAGCCACAUCAAAAACAUCAAGGCCUGCUGCAGGUCUCUUAGCAUCUCGAACAGCAUCCACCUUAUCCAAGCCUGCUACAGCGACAACAAAGCUUUCCACCACUGCAAGUGCAAAAGUUGCUUCUUCAAGGGCCCCAUCUGCUGGCAGGACCACAGCAGCACAGCCUAAUAAAAAUGCUGCUCCUAAGAAAGAUGUCAGUCGACCACCUUCUGCUGCCCCUACCAAGAAACCCUUUACCGCAACAGCAUCACCUGUGGCCAAAAAGAAAGAAACUUCUAAACUAACUACAGUAAAACUCAACUCUGUCUCCAAAGCACCAGUGGCAACAAAGGAAGUAGAUCCCAAGGUGUCACAGGCCAAAGUUCAACAGCCUGCAAAAUCUACUCCAGCAAAAAAACCUCCAGGUGCUGCUCGCUUCCCUCUGCCAAACAGACCGCCACUGGGCAGAACACCGCCUGCUUCUCCAGCAAGUAAACCUGCAAGCACCACCAAACCUGCAACCCCUGCAACAAAACGGGGAACCAAACCCACCCAGACCAUCUCACCUUUCACAAAGAAGACUUCAAACCUUACACUGCCUGCUGCCGACCCCCAGAGUACAGAUGCUUCAGUUGAUGCAGCUGGCUCUGUUCAGGUGGCAGACACUGUAGCUGAGCCUCCAGUGGCCUUAGAAGAAUCAGCCACUGCUGUCGAGGAGGUCCCCACCCAUGUCUUAGCCCAGCUUGAAAGAGAUGUGGAACCAGAAGGGGUUACCCAACAUAGGGAACCAUCCCCCCCACCUUCUCAAAGCCCCAUCAGAACAACUUUGCCACCAACAUCUCCUUUUAGGGAACAAUCUGAAAAUAGUGCUGUAUCCCUCUCAAUGCAAGAGCAGCUCUCUUCCCCAGCCAAGCCUUCAUCACCAACUGUGGCCUUUUCUGCUGACCUGCCUCAGGAAACGGGGUACUUGUCAACCAAUCAAACCCCCACUGCACCCGCAGCCCACUCCACAGAAGCAAACACUGUCCCGCAGAUAGCUCCUCCAGGUAAUCUAAAUGAAGAGGAAGAUGAGGAGGAGAGGGAGGGAAGCCAGCUGGUGUCUGUGUCUGAAAUGAGUGGAACCACACAGCCCACUGAGGAGUCCCGUCCUGGGUCAGGCGGACAAGUCGGGGGGGCUGCCUGGAAAGCUGGAGGCGUCUUGCUCUCCGAGUUGGACUCUGAGGAGGUGAGUGGCAGCCAGCAGGGCGCUUCUGAGCUGAGCGCACCUGGUGUCCUGGAGGGCACGGAGAGCACGGAUGAUCUGGGAGACGGCAGUCUCAAAGGAGCCAUUGACAUGGAAGGAGCCUCGGCAGGUUCUCCUGAUUUCGAGAAGGUUCCCGAAAUUCCAGUUAAUGACUUUGAAGAUGAAGAUGAGGACGACAGCGAUCGGGUGUGUGACAUGGACGUAGGCUCAGAGCGGACGGAUGAGCCACGUAGACCCAGGCAUGACAAUGAUGUGGACGAAGAUGAGGAUGAUGAUGUGGAGAUGGCCAGUGAAGGAGUGACAGAGAGUGGACUGGAAAGCUAUGGAAACGCAGAUGAGGAUGACUUUGCUGAGGAUGAAAGGCUGGAUAACUUGAACAGAGUGCUCCAGCCACCCCCUCCUCCGCCUGUACUUCCCUCCGCCCCGGCUGCCCAGUGGGACCAACCAAACCCGUUCGCUUAUCCAUGGGCAGAACCCACCCAAUCACAAAUUCCCCAGGUUCCAGAAGACGCUGCAGCCAGAGCCCUGGCAGAUCCAUUACCAGCAGAUGCUGAGACCCCAAAUCAAAACCCAGAACAGACCUGGCUAGAAGUGGAAUCUGCACCUUCUGCUCUUGAAAGACGAGAUGUUCUCCAUCAUUCAUCUUUCCCAAACGAGCCUCAAAAUGUGGAACCCAAGGGCCCAACUCCUGUCUCAGCCACAGGAAUCUCUCUGUCAAAUACAGUGAGUGGCGCCAUGAGCAUGCCUGAGGACCAGGCUGACCAAGACCAGGUAGGAAAGCUCCAAUGUCAUGCUUUUGAGGCAUCUGUGAAUUUCUCGCAGCCUGACCGAGACUGCCAGGACCCUGACGUUCACACUGAGAGAGAAGAUGAGGAAGAGGCGGAACCAGAGACCCUGCCUGCUGAUGAAGUUCUUGGAGGCCCCUCAACGGCCCCUACUUCCAACCCCUCCUCAUCCUCUGUGACGGAAGAUGAGGCGAGCGACACAGAGGGAGAAGCGCAGCUGGAAGAUUCCUCGGAGUGUCCAGCAGUCUGCAACCUCACUUUCAACAUGCAACCCUCACCCCAACGCUGUUUGUCCACCGUGGAAGAGGGUGAGGAGGCCGAGAGCGGAGCUGGCGAUGAAGCCACUCCUCUUUCAGCGACUUCAUUAGCAUCCUACAUCUUUGACUCUGUAACCACAGCUUCAAACUCCAACGCCCAGUCUACUGGUGAAAGCUGCAUCAAGAGCCCCGGCAUAUUCUCCCUGGAGGAGCUUCCCGAGGAGGCCAAGGAGCCGCGUCCCAACCAGGAGCCCCACACACAGCAAUGUCCCGCUGAGCAGCCGUAUAUUGAGUGUGGGAAGCAGGUGGCAGAGGCAGCCGAGCAUGUUGCGGCAGAAUGGUCUGGAUCUAAAGAAGCCUUGGAAAAGCCAGAGGAAAUCACAGAUGAUAUCCAGCCUCCGUACUAUUCUGCUAUUUGUGAAAAGACUGAGGACUCUUUUGCAGGCUUCGCUGCAAUGCCACACCCUCACCGCCGCGAUCACUCCUCCUAUCCCAGAACCUUCUGUGAUAUCGUCAAACCUGUCACCGUUGACACCGCUUCGCCCAAGCUAAGUUGUGCCGACCUCCCACCGAGGAGUCUUGUGCAACAAGCGCUAAGCCCUCAGCUCCGCAGGCUGGAGCAGCAUCAGAGACAGCUGCUGGAACUGCAGCAGCGCAGGGAGCAGCAGAGCCGGCCGCUGGAGGAGGCCGAGCAGGAGAGGAAAAGGAGGCUGGAGGAGGAGCAGAGGAAGAAAAAAGAGGAGGCAGAAGAAGAAAUAAAGAGGAAUAAGGCAGAUAGGAAGAGGGCAGAGGUAGAAGAGAUAAAGAAAAAUGAGGAGAUGAAGGUGAAGGAGGACGAGGAGCUGAAACAAAGGAGAGAUCUUGAACUACAGUUGCGGCAGCAACAGCAGGAGCUGAAGCAGAGGCAGCAGAUAAUGCAGUGGCAGCAAGAGGUGCAACAGUCCAAUAAAGGUCAGACAACACUGCUGUCCCCUUCAUCUGGGCUCUGUACCAUAUAUGAAGCCUUGGAGAGCAGUGAUGAGGAGGCUGAAGGUGAAGAAAUACUGGAGCAAAACCCAAAUACAGACCAGAUGCAUCCUAGACUGGAUGCACAUGAACAGAUGUGUUACAGUGGUGAAAGGGUGAAUUCUAGUGAAGGAAAACAUUUGGACUCUUCACUCCCUCACAGACCACCUCUUCCAGGGUCUACCCAGUCAUCUAGACACUGCUCCCAGGAUGGAGGCUCGUCCCUUUGUCCUUCAAAGUCUCCAGAGCGGCCUCCACCCCUCGACCUGGACUGGGGGAAGAAAGUGGACCUAGUCCAGCAGCUGAUCAAUCAGACGCUGCUGCGUAACGGAGAUGGUUGCUCUUCUCUGCUGCUGUUGCCAGGAGGUGCCGGGGGCACGCUGAGCCCCCUGGAGAGCAGCCUCUGGCCCAGCCUGCUGCCUCCGCUCACUCCUCCCUCUGCUACUGUCACCUCUGUAAGCAGCUUCUCCCCAGAGGCUACAGACAGCUCUCCGCAGGGGGAGUGGACAGUGGUGGAGCUGGAGACGCAUCAUUAAGGAGAGGAGAGGGGGGGGCACAGUGACAAGUGUUACCAUUCACCCUUUAAAAGUUCAAAAAAGGACCUAAGUGCUGCCUAUGUGGACUUGUUCACAGGCAAAAACUGGAUGAUCACAUAAACCACAUCUGACUCCCACUGUACUGUUGCUGCAAACAUGGGAGCAAAUCUGACACUAUUCACAAUAUUGGAGCAAAACAGCUUAGAGUUUAGAAAUGUUUCUACCCGACCACUAUUUCUAGUUUUUCUUUUUUUUUAGAUUGUGGAGAUUUUAAAUAAUUACAGUUUAGAAUUGUGACAAGAAUCAGUCACUUUUUACAUUUAUUUUACGCCAUUAUUCUACAUUUUUUUUGAAAGUGAGCCGAGGCGAAAGACUUCUGUUAUGGGUUGCUGCGCCACCGCUACGCCCCAACAGUCAGUCACUUUUUAACCAUCUACUGCCAAGCAGCAGCUGAGUUUUAAGGGCUCUUAGAAACUAAACCAAAGCCCCCACCCCCCUACACACACCAUGAAGGCUACCAGUGUGUAGACCCAGAUAGGCACUUAAAUGCUUCACAAAUACCGCAUCCUAGUGCCAAAUGUAAACAACAUCCACAACAGCGAACAUCAAUACGAGUAAUGAGUCCUUCAGAGCUAAAGGUAGAUUUCCCAAAAAUGAGAGACAUGCUCAUCAUGUCAGAUGUUUUUUGUCAAGCAGCAGGGAGCCACUGCUGUACUUUCAGUUGCUAUAACCUCUGUGCUUUCACUGUGAACGAAGAGAAGAACCUCUGAGGCCUUCAUUGAACAUAUAUUUAUAUACAAGUGUUUAUAUACUGAGAUUACAUUACAUAAAUUGGACUCUAUUUACUAAUUUGUCAAUUUAUGCAGUUGUUUGCACUGGAUUUUACCGAAGGCUAUCAGAGUGGAGGGGGCUAGAUAUCAAAUCAAAUUGGUUCCAAAAAAAUAUAGGUUGGUGUGUGUAACAUAUCAACAUGAGGGGAGUUUAAAGGGGGGAAUACUUUAGUGAGACACUGUAGAUGGUGAGUCAGUUCAGUGGAAGAGGAGGGAUAAGUAGGUGAAAGGUACAGCUGAUGUGAGUGAAGAACAGAAAAACCUAUUGAGAUGGGAUGGCAAUUUUAUAUUGGUGGGUCAGAUUUAACAGAGUAGUGUUUAUUAUUAUAAACCACCCCAACCCCAAUGUUGGCAGAUUUCACAAUAUAAAAACUAAUCUAUUAAACUUGGGAUUUAUUUGAGGAUUGAAAGUUGUUUAUCCAACAAUAGUUGGUAAUAGAUGAUAAACAGACUGAAAUUUGGAUCUGAAAGUCAGCAUUUGUUCAGCUGAUGGAAACCUCCACAAACUGCCAAAUCUCUUCAUUAUUUCCAGAGUGUCUGUUUCGGCCCAGCUCAUUUGGAGAAGUCAGGUUUCACAUUUCCCACAGAAAUCUGAGCACCCAAAUGCAACAUGACACCGCUCGCAGACUCAGCCUCUCGCUCAUCUUCACGCUGGAUAUCCCACACAACCCAAGUCAUGAAAUCGCAAUAAGAUCCAGCGAGACAUCAUUGCUGUUCACCAACACUUGAAACCCAUUUUACAGAAUCUCUGCAUUUUUAAAGGCAUUACCUAAAUUAGGACAGGACUGUUUAAAAAUGUUUGCAUUCUUAUUUUACUGUUAGAAUACAGUCUUCUAGCAGAUUGCACUUAAAUUCCUGAAGAGGUAUUUAUCAGACCAAAUCAGGCAGGAAUUGAGGACUUCCCAUUGAUCACAACGGACUUAUGUACUUAAUUUUUCAGAUUGUGGUUAAAGAAAACACAUCUCAUUCUGAGCUGUCUGACAUGUAAUACGACACACUGGAGCUGAUAAGGCCUUAAUUCUCCUACGUUUUAAAAUAUGUUACUAUUUUAUUACUAUUUAAAUGCAAUUUAAAGUUCAUUUUGCUGAGGCAGUCGUAUUUGUCAUGUGUUGCUCUGGUUUAGCUCGUUUGUCUGACAGGAAGAAAACUCCAGGUGUGGCAGUUGGCCUGCUCUCUCUGGUGGAUCAGAUUUCCUGCAACAAUCUAAACGUGUGCGUGCUCAAACUGACCUUUGGAGUGAAUGUCAUUGCACAUGGUUGUCCUUCUCCCUCCGUGCUGGGAUUAGUUGUCAGGUUCUGCUUGACCAGUGCCCCCUGGGAUGGGCUCCCUGCCACAUUCAGCUUGAUUAAAGAAUACACGGGUGCUUUUUUGCUGCCUCAUAUGUUGUAGUUUGCAAAAGUGUGAUCAUCCGACCCCCAGUUUCCUGCUAACAUUUCCAGAUUGCAUCUCUUCAAGAGGCAAAGCACAUAAAGAUGGCUUGUUGUUAUUAAAGAAGCUUGAUGUUCAGAAGAUUUUCACCACUGGUGCCAUGAAGGUGAGCCGAACGUUUCAGAGUCCCGAGUAUUGUUAAAACUGUGAAAAGCUGCAGAGUGGAAGGAAUGUGGCUGUUUAUAUCAGUUAUAUCUUCAUGUUGGACUGUCCUGUUGUGUGUCUGUCAGUCUGUGCUGUUUAAGGAGGUCGUGCUAAACUUGGGACAUUUCAGUUGGUAAAGCCAAGGCGAUUAGUUUUUUCUUUUACACUUAAUCGGACUAAAGAUGCACAGAUCAAGCUUUUCCUGGGCAGUAACUAUUUCCAGUUUUCUUUCAUGCUAACUGAUUCUGGGGGCUUUUCCUGAUUAAUGAUAUCACCAAAAAGAAAUAUGUGCUAAGGGGUCUUUGACAGAGAGAAAUUGUUGGAUUAUUCCCAAUUUAUGCAUCAAAGCAGAUGUCUCAUAUUUAUCUGAAAAUGCAGUAAUUGCUUCAAAUCAACCAGCAGUGAUGUGUUGAGAGACAAAUAGUAGGAUCUCUAAACCCUGAUGCAUUCAAUGACUUGGAAAAAGUGUUUUUUUUUCUGUUUUUGACCUUCUGAUUUUUAAUCAGACCAAUUCAGGAAAUAAAUUAGCCAGUUAACAAUUUUACCUGACCAAUUUAUCUGAUGUGUCUCUAAAUGGAGAGCUCAGACGUGCUGUGACCCUACUGAGAUACGUUCACUUGAGAAGUCCCUGUUCUUCAGCUGGUUCCUGGCCUUUCCACCAAGUGCUCUGAUGAUUAACCACAAAAAACUGGAUUUUAUUGUAGUGGAUUGAAAGCAGAUGCAGAAAUGUCAAAUUAAGGAGGUCUGGCUUUGGAACCCUUAUCAGUUUCCUCCAUCGUUUUUGCCUCCUUCCUCAGAUCCGUUGGAAGUAGUCCACUCCAAGAUGUCCCUCCUUACCCAGGUUUAUGUACCGUAGUGUUUUCUGUGUAAUAGUAGUACUGUUUAAAGACUAUUGAGCAGAGUCUCUACUUUACUUUUGUACGUCAGAGUUUUAGAGGUAUAGCAGCAGAGUUCUAUAUAGAUUUUCUUGAGUAGUUCAUAAAAGGUGGUAAAUGAUUUCUAGCUGUUAUCAUUUAUACUUAAAUUGUCUUCCCUUGUCCAUGUAGUAGUGAUGAGUUUAAUAGUUUAAAGAAAACUGAAUUAUCCCUAAAAGGACUGCAGUUGUUUCUCAGGAUCAAAGUUAUUUUCUCCACUCAGAUGUUAAUUUAUUAAAAAAUGAAAAAUUGUGCUCAUAGGAAAGAACCUGUUAAAACCGAGCAAAUGGGACAAUUUCACUCAAGGCCCAAAUGAUGGCAGCUUGUUUAAAUUGUGAUAUUUUCUGUGUUUGAUUUUGACAAAUAUGUGACUGGAAUUAUUUCAGUGCAAUGUUUCAUGUAAAUAAAAUACUUCUUUUAAUAA